AUGGUGGCUGUGCGCCAGGUGGUGUUUGUGUUUGCUCUCGCGCUGUGCUGCGUGUCCUUCUGCGCGGCAGCCGAUACUCCGCAGUUGGAUGCGGAUCCUGAACGUGCAGAGUUGCAAAAAGCAUCCAGACCCUCCGUAAGUUCCCCAAGCAAGCCGCAUGACCAACAUGAGGCGGUUGGUCAUAAGUCACGUCUGACAGCGAAUACUGCGGAUGGCCAAUCCAGUACCCAUUCGAGUGAAGGACAGCAGCUUCAAUCGGCCGCCGUUGACUGCAAGGCCUCUGCGGAGGAGGCGGCGGCUAAGGCUACCGAGGCGGCGGGGAGUGCCACAGAAGCAGCGACGGAUGCGAUGCGUGCCUCGGAAGCGGCUACGGAGUCCAUACGGAUAUUUCGCUUACCACACACUAAGGCCAAUGAAGAGAUGGUGGUAGAUGUGGAUAAGGCGGAGGAGAAGGCUAAUGAAGCGGCGCAACUUGCUAACAGUUCGGCGGAAAAGGCCACACUUUCGAAGACUUUAUUGGAGAAAGCCAAGGAGUUAUUGGAAACUAUUUUGUUGGCAGAAAAGAAAGGAACUGAGGUGAAAGACAACGUAAACAAAGCGGUCACCCACGCCACAGAAGCAGUGGCGAGAGCAGAUUCGGCAGCAAAGAGCGCUAAGACUGCCGCGACGUCCGCUGCCGAGGCAGCGAAUAGCUAUAAGAGGAGAGAAGAUUUUGGAUCGUUUACAGCUGCCUCAGCAGCAGACAACACUAAAUGGGCAGCAACGCAGGCUGAAAAGGCAGCGAAGAGUGCUAAGGCCGUAGCGCAGGUCGCUGGUAUGGUAAUCACCACUCUAAGUGUCGCACCGGAGGUACCGGAUGCUGUAACCAUGCCUCCUGCGCCGGAAGAGGGGCCGAAGGAGCCUCUUGCUGCUCUGGUCUCAGAGCAGGAGACCCCAAACGAGGGGGCAGCAUCUAUCCCUCCACAAGCCACAGCCUCCGCCAGACCCACAGGAAACGCACCGGAGGAAACGAAGGAAACACAAAGCGCGGCACCCCCCUCUGAGGAUGUCGCCACCGGAGUGUCGCAGAUUAAUAUGGCGGCGGACGCCAGCGACAGUCCUGCGUGGGUGCGUGGGGUGCCGCUGCUGCUGCUGAGUGCGCUGGCCCUUCUGGCUG